AUGUCAAGCGAUGCCAGGGUGCAGCAAUUGGUUAGAAGAGAUGAUCUUAAUGUCUCUGAUGGCAGUUUGUGCAAGGGUCCUGAUGAUUGCUUGGAGAGUCUGGAUACAUCUUCGGAAUCUCUCAGAAUUUGUUGUAGGUGGCUGCAGAGAGAAGGACCUGCUCGGUCUUGGCACGGGGUGGAGAUGCACAUAUCGGAGGAAGCAGAGAGUAUGUUCAGCUGUCAAGUUGGUAGUGGUUUGGCAGAUAGGUUGUUAGAAGGAAGAAGUCCUAGUCAAAUUGCUCCAGCUCUGUUAAAGUUUGUUCCUGCAAGGGGAGCCAAACUUAAGACAGUGGCAGCUGCAAUACAAAACAAUUCUUGGAUUGCUGACAUUCGAGGAACCUCGGAUCUGCGGGCAAUUGCUGAAUUCAUAACCCCGUGGAUCAUCAUUCAGAACCAGCCCACUCUUAACUAUGAACAAGAUAAAUUGUCCUAG